UAUUUUGAGGAGCUUAUACUAACUAGAUAACAUUUUUGAAUAUAUUAACCGAUUAUCUUAUUGUUGCUCGAGUCCAUCAACUAAGUGUGAGAUAAAGAUCAUUGUAACUAGUAUAAAUAACAGCCGAUUCUGGAAACAAAUCGUAGUAUAGCAAGCAUGUACAUCAAACUAGCAUUUGCAGCUUUACUUGUCUGUGCACUGUAUAGCAGUGCCUACAGUAGAUCAAUCAGAAACGACGAAAAAUCAGUUGUGAGCGAUGAACAAGGGAAGACAUUUAGCGUGAAUUUGAACAGAGAUCAUUGGGAUGACGAUGACGAUCGCCAUGGUAGGGACGAUGAUGAUGAUGACGAUCGUCACCACAGAUUAAGUGACCAUAGAGAUGACGACGACGAUGACCGUCUCGGUAGAGACGAUGAUGAUGACGAUCGCCACGGUAGAGAUGAUGAUGAUGAUGAUCAUCGCCACCGUAGAGAUGAUUAUGAUAAUGAUUAUGACGAAGACCCUCCCCGUACACUAACUGACCGUAGAGAUGACGACGACGAUGACCGUCACGGUAGAGACGAUGAUGAUGACGAUCGCCACGGUAGAGAUGAUGAUGACGAUGACCGUCACCGUAGAGACGAUGAUGAUGAUGACGAUGACCGCCACCGUGUACUAACUGACCGUAGAGAUGAUGACGAAGAUGAUGACCGUCACCGUAGAGACGAUGAUGAUGAUGACGAUGACCGUCACCGUGGACUAACUGACCGUAGAGAUGAUGACGAUGAUGACCGCCAUGGUAGAGACGAUGAUGAUGACGAUCGCCACCGUAGAGACGAUGAUGAUGAUGACGAUGACCGUCACCGUGGACUAACUGACCGUAGAGAUGAUGACGACGAUGAUGACCGCCAUGGUAGAGACGAUGAUGAUGACGAUCGCCACCGUAGAGACGAUGAAGAUGAUGACGAUGACCGUCACCGUGGACUAACUGACCGUAGAGAUGAUGACGAUGAUGACCGCCAUGGUAGAGACGAUGAUGAUGACGAUCGCCACCGUAGAGACGAUGAUGAUGAUGACGAUGACCGUCACCGUGGACUAACUGACCGUAGAGAUGAUGACGACGAUGAUGACCGCCAUGGUAGAGACGAUGAUGAUGAUGAUGAUGAUGACCGUCACCGUAGAGACGAUGAUGAUGAUGACGAUGACCGUCACCGUGGACUAACUGACCGUAGAGAUGAUGACGACGAUGAUGACCGCCAUGGUAGAGACGAUGAUGAUGACGAUCGCCACCGUAGAGACGAUGAUGAUGAUGACGAUGACCGUCACCGUGGACUAACUGACCGUAGAGAUGAUGACGACGAUGAUGACCGCCAUGGUAGAGACGAUGAUGAUGAUGAUGAUGAUGAUGACCGUCACCGUAGAGACGAUGAUGAUGAUGACGAUGACCGUCACCGUGGACUAACUGACCGUAGAGAUGAUGACGACGAUGAUGACCGCCAUGGUAGAGACGAUGAUGAUGACGAUCGCCAUCGUAGAGACGAUGAUGAUGAUGACGAUGACCGUCACCGUGGACUAACUGACCGUAGAGAUGAUGACGACGAUGAUGACCGCCAUGGUAGAGACGAUGAUGAUGAUGAUGAUGACCGUCACCGUAGAGACGAUGAUGAUGAUGACGAUGACCGUCACCGUGGACUAACUGACCGUAGAGAUGAUGAUAACGAUGAUCGCCACCGUGGAGACGAUGAUGAUGAUGACCGUCACCGUAGAGACGAUGAUGAUGAUGACGAUGACCGCCACCGUGGACUAACUGACCGUAGAGAUGAUGACGACGAUGAUGACCGUCAUGGUAGAGACGAUGAUGAUGACGAUCGCCACCGUAGAGACGAUGAAGAUGAUGACGAUGACCGUCACCGUGGACUAACUGACCGUAGAGAUGAUGACGAUGAUGACCGCCAUGGUAGAGACGAUGAUGAUGACGAUCGCCACCGUAGAGACGAUGAUGAUGAUGACGAUGACCGUCACCGUGGACUAACUGACCGUAGAGAUGAUGACGACGAUGAUGACCGCCAUGGUAGAGACGAUGAUGAUGAUGAUGACCGUCACCGUAGAGACGAUGAUGAUGAUGACGAUGACCGUCACCGUGGACUAACUGACCGUAGAGAUGAUGACGACGAUGAUGACCGCCAUGGUAGAGACGAUGAUGAUGACGAUCGCCACCGUAGAGACGAUGAUGAUGAUGACGAUGACCGUCACCGUGGACUAACUGACCGUAGAGAUGAUGACGACGAUGAUGACCGCCAUGGUAGAGACGAUGAUGAUGAUGAUGAUGAUGACCGUCACCGUAGAGACGAUGAUGAUGAUGACGAUGACCGUCACCGUGGACUAACUGACCGUAGAGAUGAUGACGACGAUGAUGACCGCCAUGGUAGAGACGAUGAUGAUGACGAUCGCCACCGUAGAGACGAUGAUGAUGAUGACGAUGACCGUCACCGUGGACUAACUGACCGUAGAGAUGAUGACGACGAUGAUGACCGCCAUGGUAGAGACGAUGAUGAUGAUGAUGAUGACCGUCACCGUAGAGACGAUGAUGAUGAUGACGAUGACCGUCACCGAGGACUAACUGACCGUAGAGAUGAUGAUGACGAUGAUCGCCACCGUGGAGACGAUGAUGAUGAUGACCGUCACCGUAGAGACGAUGAUGAUGAUGACGAUGACCGCCACCGUGGACUAACUGACCGUAGAGAUGAUGACGACGAUGAUGACCGUCACCGUAGAGACGAUGAUGAUGAUGAUCGUCACCGUGUACUAACUGACCGUAGAGAUGAUGACGACGAUGAUGACCGUCACCGUAGAGACGAUGAUGAUGAUGAUGAUGACCGUCACCGUAGAGACGACGAUGAUGAUGACGAUGACCGUCACCGUGGACUAACUGACCGUAGAGAUGAUGACGACGAUGAUGACCGCCAUGGUAGAGACGAUGAUGAUGACGAUCGCCAUCGUAGAGACGAUGAUGAUGAUGACGAUGACCGUCACCGUGGACUAACAGACCGUAGAGAUGAUGAUGACGAUGAUCGCCACCGUGGAGACGAUGAUGACGAUGACCGUCACCGUAGAGACGAUGAUGAUGAUGACGAUGACCGCCACCGUGUACUAACUGACCGUAGAGAUGAUGACGACGAUGAUGACCGUCACCGUAGACAUGAUGAUGAUGAUGAUGAUGACCGUCACCGUGGACUUACUGACCGUAGAGAUGAUGAUGACGAUGAUCGCCACCGUGGAGACGAUGAUGAUGAUGACCGUCACCGUAGAGACGAUGAUGAUGAUGACGAUGACCGCCACCGUGGACUAACUGACCGUAGAGAUGAUGACGACGAUGAUGACCGUCACCGUAGAGACGAUGAUGAUGAUGAUGAUGACCGUCACCGUAAAGACGAUGACGAUGAGCGUCCUCCUCUAGUACAUUAUCAUAGAAUCUACUAGAAUUAUGUUAUCAAUCAAUAAUAAUCUAAUACUGUAAAAUAAAUAAUAAAGCAUU